CGGGGCCGUUGGCGGCCCCAGGGGGAGCUCGGGCCUGACCUGGAUGGAUGGCGGCUGCGACGCGCGGCCGCCGGCCCUGGGGCUCGCUCCUCGGGCUGCUCGGGCUGGUCGCGGCCGUGGCCGCCUCCUGGGACCUGACUUCCCUGCGCUGCAACUUCUACGACUUUUGUGAAUGCGACUUCCGGCCCGAUUUUCCUGCUUUGGAAUGUGACCUGGCCCAGCACCUGGCCGGCCAGCACCUGGCCAAGGCGCUGGUGCUGAAGGCGCUCAAGGUCUUCGUGAGGGACCCCGCCCCCACCAAGCCCCUGGUGCUGUCCCUGCACGGCUGGACGGGCACCGGCAAGACCUACCUCAGCUCCCUGCUGGUGCACCACCUCUUUAGGCGCGGCCUCCGCAGCCCCCACGUGCACCACUUCUCUCCCAUCAUCCACUUCCCCCACCCGAGCCACCUCGAGCAGUACAAGGAGAAUCUGAGGAGCUGGGUCCAGGGCAACCUCACAGCCUGUGGACGCUCCCUGUUCCUCUUCGAUGAGGUGGACAAGCUGCCCCCAGGGCUGAUGGAGGUCUUGCGGCCCUUCCUGGGCCCCUCCUGGGUCGUGUAUGGGACCAACUAUCGCAAAGCCAUCUUCCUCUUCAUCAGCAACACCGGCGGCGAGCAGAUCAACCAGGUGGCGGUGGAGGCGUGGCGCGGCCACCGGGAGCGUGAGGAUAUCACUCUGCAGGAGCUGGAGCCGGCCGUCACCCGUGCUGUCCUGGACAACCCGCACCAUGGCUUCUGCCGCUCUGGCAUCCUGGAGGAGCAGCUCCUGGAUGCGCUGGUACCCUUCCUGCCCCUGCAGCGGCACCACGUGCGGCACUGCGUGUUCAAUGAGCUGGCCCAGCUGGGUCUGGAGGCCCGGGAGGAGGUGGUGCAGGCCGUGCUGGACAGCAUCAGCUUCUUCCCUGAAGAGGAGCAGCUCUUCUCCUCCAAUGGGUGCAAGACGGUGGCCUCUCGCAUUACCCUCUUCCUCUGACCCUACAUGGCAGGGACGGGGCAGAGCCGGCUGAAGAGCCCCCGCGGCCAGCAGCUAGGAGGGUGUUGGUCAGGCACCAGGGACAGGACCCAACAGGGUCGCGACCUCGUAGCUGGCUGCAGAGUACCUCGGGUGGGCGCUGCCUUGUCCCCCAGGGACAUAGGAACUCAUUGAGCCACCUGCUUCAUCCCUCCUUCCCUGGCCCAGCACGAACCCAGCCUCAGGGACUGUGCUGGAGGCCACACCUGCUCCCAGGUACCUCGAGGCCCAGGCUGGGUCUUCUCAUCUCCCUGAGUGGAGGGACUUGAGCUGCCCCCUGGGACUGGUUGGAGACAGUUUUUUAAUUUUUUAAGAGAACAUAUGUAAUAAAUGGAGCCAUGGAGCAGA